UAACACCUCUCAGCCUGCUUAUCUACUCGAUUUGUACAACUGCUUCGCAACACUGGACAUGGAGGACUAUGACGGUCACUCGGCCGCCAGCAUCUUGGCUUCAGUUAAAGAGCAGGAGGCGCGUUUUGAGCAGCUGACCCGAGCCCUUGAGGAGGAGCGUCGCACCGUCACUCUGCAGCUAGAGCGCUCCAACAUGCCUCCCAACCCUCCAACCAGCCAACCGCUAGCAUGGCAGCAGGUGGGGAUGCAGGAGCAGAGCCCCAGCAACGCCACAUCCCUGGCUAUGAUGCAGGAGCCGCAGGAGGUGGUGGAGGAGACGGUCACCAUAGAGGAGGACCCUGGCACCCCCAGCUCCCACGUCUCCGUGGUCACCUCUGAUGACGGCACCACGCGGCGCACAGAAACCAAGGUGACCAAGAUGGUGAAGACGGUGACCACGCGGACGGUGCGCCAGGUGCCCCUGGGGCCCGAUGGCCUGCCCCUUCCCGAAGGCUCGUCCCCGCUGGGCAGCUACACCGACUCCAUCGACCGACGCUACAUGAAGAACGGAGGCGACCGCUUCAUCACCCCUCACGCCACCUCCACCCUGACGCGCUCCUACAACAACUCUUACAACGACUCGUAUGGAGAGACGCCCGAGAGCCAGUACGUCCGCCACUACGGCCUGCACGACGGCUACGCCGAUUUGACGGACAACUACGGCAGCCUAUCGCGCGGCGUCAACUUGCGGCCGCCGCGCUACCCCUACCUGCCCAACAGCUACCGGCCGGAGAACAGCUACACGCUGCCCGUUCGCAAGGAUGACUACGGCCACGUGGCCCAGCCCCAGGUGCCGAUGGGGAGCAGCACUGUGGAUGUGAACCGCUCGCAGCCCGAGCGCUUCCAGGCCGAGCCAUACGGCCUGGAGGAUGAUCGCCGCAGCUUGGGCCCUGAAGAGGAGGAGCCAUAUGAGCUGGAGCCCGACUAUUCCACCGCCAACCGCCGCACCCUGCAGGGGGCCAACCGGGGUCGCACCCACCGGGAACCUCUUCGUGAUAUGCCCCGAGUCAGAGGGUACCCAGAGGAAGCCAUCGAGGCCGAGCUGAUCGAUGAGCGCCACCCCUACAUCCAUGGCAUUUAUUCAGCGCCGCUGGCCCAGCCGGAGAGGGGGAGCAUGGCCAGUCUGGACCGCACGGGUGGCCGACGCUCACCGUCCAUUGACAGCAUCCGCAAGGACCCGCGCUGGCGUGACCCAGACCUCCCCGAGGUCAUCGCUAUGCUGGGUCACCCCAUCGACCCGGUCAAGUCCAACGCCGCCGCCUACCUGCAGCACCUGUGCUACGAAAAUGACAAGAUUAAGAAGGAUGUGCGUCAGCUGAAGGGGAUUCCUGUUCUGGUGGGGCUUCUGGACCACCCCAAAUCAGAAGUCCACCGCAAGGCUUGCGGUGCCUUGCGCAACAUCUCCUACGGCAAGGACAAUGACAACAAGGUGGCCAUCAAGAUCUGCGACGGCAUCCCGGCCCUCGUCCGCCUGCUGAGGAAGACCAACGACAUGGAGGUUCGAGAGCUCAUCACCGGAACCUUGUGGAAUCUGUCGUCCUAUGAACCCCUGAAGAUGGUGAUCAUCAACCACGGCCUGCAGACUCUGACCAACGAGGUUGUUAUUCCCCACUCGGGUUGGGAGCACGAGCCCAACGAGGACUCGAAGCCCCGCGAUGCCGAGUGGACCACCGUCUUCAAGAACACCUCCGGCUGCCUCAGAAAUGUGAGCUCGGACGGGGCCGAGGCUCGGCGCAGACUGAGGGAAUGCGAGGGAUUGGUGGACGCCUUGCUGCACGCUCUCCAAUCAGCUGUGGGGAAGAAAGACAUGGAUAACAAGUCUGUGGAGAACUGUGUUUGCAUUAUGAGGAACUUGUCCUACCACGUCCACAAAGAGGUGCCGGGGGCCGAGAGGUUCCAGGACCCCUCGGCGCUACAGGCUCCUGGCUCAGCAGGACCACAGAGGAAGAAAAAGGACGACGCCGGCUGCUUCGGUGGCAAGAAAGCCAAAGAGGAUUGGUUUAAUCAAGGCAGGAAGAAUGGCGAGAAUGACAAAAACUAUGACACACUGGAUCUGCCCAAGCGCUCAGAGCCGUCAAAAGGCUUUGAGCUGCUGUAUCAGCCGGAGGUGGUGAGACUCUACCUAUCUCUGCUGACGGAGAGCCAGAACUACAACACCCUGGAGGCCGCUGCCGGGGCUCUGCAAAACCUCAGCGCUGGACAGUGGACCUGGUCCAACUACAUCCGAGCCACGGUGCGCAAGGAGAAAGGUCUUCCCAUCCUGGUGGAGCUGCUGCGCUCCGACUCCGACAAGGUGGUCCGAGCCGUGUCCAUCGCCCUGCGCAACCUGUCCAUCGACCGCCGCAACAAGGACCUGAUUGGAAGUUAUGCCAUGCGGGACUUGGUGAGCAACCUGCCGAGCGGCCAGCAGCGGCCAGCCAAAAACCUGGAGGAGGACACUGUGGUCGCCAUCCUCAACACCAUCCAUGAGAUCGUCACUGACAGCUCUGAGAAUGCCCGCUCCCUCGCCCAGGCUCAGGCCAUCGAGAAGCUGGUUGCCAUCAACAAAACUAGCCAAUCAGCUCGCGAAACCAAGGCGGCGUCCCACGUGCUGCAGACGGUCUGGAGUUAUAAGGAGCUGAGGAACGCUUUGACCAAGGACGGCUGGAACAAAAGCCACUUCCAGGCUACGAUGACAACCACUCCUAAAGCAACCAAGAACGGCAAGCCGGGCUACGACGACACCACCCUACCCCUGAUGGAGAAGAGCCAAGAUGGUUACUCCACCAUUGACCAGAGGGAAAAGGACUGCAAAUACAAGGCAGUUGACGGCUCAGUGGACCAGACAGAACGGGAGCCAUUAAAGAAUGACACAAAUAGGAAACACUAUAUCAGGAGUAACAGGCCUGCAGUCAGUCUGGUGGACGCUUGUGAUGUCAAGCCCCAGCCUGUUGACUCCUGGGUCUAAAUGCAUGCAUGGCUUAAAAUAACGACACCCAGCUCGAGAACGAUCUCUCACAUCAUCACUGCCAUUUCACAUGGAGCUCAUCUUUGGAGUUGGACUUUGUACAGAAAAGAGGAUUUUAAAAAGAAGAAAAAAAAUGAUCACGACAGCAACUACCCAGCAGCAGCCAACAUGCUCAUGCUUUUCAGAAAAAGGACAAAGAAAAAAGGACAAAAAAGUGACUACUUUUCUCAAAUCUACAUUCCUGCAGGACAUCAUGUGGAUUUUACAGUGUUUAGCUCGACCGGUGAGCAGAGAAGGACAAACGGCCGGCGUGAAGGAAUGGACGUAUGAAGGGCGAACAAAGGGAGUUGAAGGAAAUCAAUGGAAAAGGAAUGUGAGUCGGAAGGAAAUAUAUGUGGAGCUGGAAUGAGCGGUUACUUCGUUUCAUUUUUUACAUCUGGAAGAAGUUCAUGCAUGUGUGAAGGUCACAGAAAGUUGUUUUCAGAUUGGUAAGAUGGACACGAGUAAGUAAAAAUGAGAGAAAGCGAUCCAGGGAAGAACUGUGUAGCACAGUCAGGUACGGUCUGAUCUCAUCGACUUACAAUACAUUUGGUUCACUGUGUUUUUUUGUGUUUUUUUUAAAGUGCACUGAGAUGCUUUGAAAUCAAAAGUUAUUAACAAGUGGUUGAUGUUCAUUUAUAAAGUGAAGAGUGUAAGUUGUGGUUCAGAGAAAGGAAAGUGACAUAGUGUGUCCAUCACGUGGACUAAAAGAAGGAUAAAAUGGAAUCACCGGUUUCAACAUGUUGACCCUCUCGUGAGCUCGUGAGCGCCGCGGAGCUUGUCGGGGCGAAGUUCUCAGAUAAAUGCCCCGUCGGAUAUUAAAACACAUUUGGGGGGACUUGAUGACAGAAAGAGUAACUUUUAUUCUUAAAUACUGAUGAAUAAAAAAAGUGGGCUCCAGCAAAAAGGGCACUUUUCUCAUCCAGGGCAAAAGGGCUGGUGCUUGAGCACCACUCGGGCUCUAUCUGUGCACGUGCCUGGUAACCACUGCUCUGUGUCAAGGAUGUGUCUUAAAGAGGAGAUGAGGCAUUUUGUUGAUAAAGGAUUUGUGUUUUUGAAAAGAGAGGCGGAAGUUUGUUGUCUUGACGAGAGGGAAGAUCAAAAAGCAGUUUAUAUUUUUGUUGGGUUUUUAUAUAAAUGUAUAUUAGGGCCAAAAGGAAAACAAUGGAAAAAUGAAGGUGACAAAAAUAAAUUACCGACAUCUUAGUUGUAUAUUAAUAUCACAUUGUUUGGAAAGCACAUCUCAUUUGGCUCAGGCUCGCCAUGUUUGUAAACAAGAAAUAACCACGUAACUUAAAUGUUUACGCCGACGAUCACCUAUUUAUAUUUUGUAUUUGUCCCAAAAAAAGUUACAGACAAAAUGUCGAUCUGCAGUGUUCUUUCUAAAGGCCAUGAGUUACAUGUGGUCCGACAGACCCGGAAUCUCUGGAGGGGUCGGAGGUCAGACUAAUGAGACAGACAGGAGACGGCAGUGUGAAUGAAAAAGGUUCUUUAGUUUUUCUUCCUGAUGCAUUCACACCAAGUCACCGCCAAUCCCGAAACCUUUUCACCGGUGCAUCUUAAGAAAUAUUCAGUCGUGAGCAUGAAGAAAAACUGUACAGAUGUUUAUAUUCUAUUCUUUCCAAGUGCCAGUUUUUUGUGGUGUCAUUUGGAUAUUAACUAAUUCAUUCAUGUGCAAGAAGAGAGGACAAGUGAAUCUGGAUGUUUAUGGCAAAAAUAAAAGAGUUACAUCACACUGUACAAAAAACAAAACAUCAAGUUCGGUCAUAUAGUAUAUAUUUUUACAACGUGUUAGGGUGGGCAGUUGGGAUGAAGACGAGCAGAGAGAUACAGAAUCAUAUUGACGUUCUUCUCCUGCUUGGCGAGACUGCACACCAAAUCCAGUGAUUAUGUGUUUAGUCUCCUUUCCAGCCUCAGUCUGUCAGAGACACAAAGAGAAGCCGGUCCGAGUUGGCGUCACUCAUGCGUCAUCAAGGCGAAUGGCAUGUGCCUGCAUUGAAGUCUGAGUUUUCUUUGUGGCGUAUGUGACUUUAUAAAGCUUGCAUAUUUUACAGUGUUUACAAAGAUGUAUGUUGUGGUAAAAAUCAAUAAACUACACAAAAAAACCGUACUGUAUAGAUUUUAAUUUCAGAGGUUAAAAAGAACAUUAUAAUGAUACCCAGCAUCCCUUUUGUGUGUCCUCAGAAGUCUGUGCUUUCAUUGGAUAAUACUGAACCCUUACAACAAAGACCCCAAUGACUGUCUGUUCUUGACUGCACUUUGCAGUACCACAACCAAAGGAUCUGCAGUUGUAUUUACAUGCAUUCAUAACAGGGGGAGGGGGAGGGUUGGUUUUGUGGAUGUACAAAGCAUUGUAAAUUCACAAAAUAAAGAGCCAAGCAACUGUGCUGUAAAAUAAAUGCAGGACACGUCCACGCAUCGAAUCAAACAAGCCUACCUGUGUGGAUGUAACGGAUUCAAGACCGUCAAAAUAAAGUAACUGUUCUACUCAGUAGCAGAAGUCUUUGUACCUAUCAUGUGCCUUAACCUUUUCCAUGGUAGAUACAAAUAAGUGUGUUUUAUAUAACUUUAUUCCUCCCUUUCAACUGUCAUCUGUCCAUUCGGUCUGUUCACCCCCCCCCCCCCCCCUUCUCGUGUCACCCCUCCUCCCUUUUGUAUUCACUCAAGUCACUCAUUCAUUCAUCCUGCACCUCCCCAACCCCGAGUAGGAUAGACUGUUGGUGGGUUUCUGCAUUGUAUUACAUUGUAUUAUAAAGUUUUAAAAAGAUAGUCAUUCAAAUAAUGGUUUUGAUUUCCUAGAGGAGUGAAGUUGUUAAUGCUUUCGUAGCGAGCAGAAGCAAUGCCACAAUGACAGAAUGUAUUAUGUUAAUUUUACUAAUACCCAGAGGCAAAUAUUAAGCUUGUUAAACAUAACGAAAAAAUACUGGUUUGUAGAGUAUACAUUUGGUGUGUUUUCAAUAAAUCAUGCCUGGAAAGAAA